AAAAUACUUCUACUUUUGGUUCUGCAGCACAUUUCCUGUCUGGUUGAGUCUCAGUGUUUCCAGCAGCUCUUCUCCCUCAGACAGUUUUUCGACAUCAGAGAUUCACACUGACCCAGACACAGACAGACAGGUAGCUGCUGAAGAACAUCCAGAAACAUGAGUACCCUUAGAGGAGUGACCCCGUCCUUCAACCAGUCCUCAGUGUCCAACCAGAUUAACAGCAAUGAUUCAACUCACUGCAACCAGUUCGACACCUCGGCCUAUAUUUCCUUCAUGGUGGUCUACAGUCUGGUGUUUCUGGUGGGUUUGUUCCUCAACGGCUUCACGCUGAAGGUUUACUUCUGCCGAGUUCAGCAGCAGGCAUCCAGCAACAAGAAGCUCGCCAAGUCCCACAGGAACAUGUUGGUGCUGGUCAGUGUCUUCUGCGUUUGCUUCGUCCCUUACCACCUGUUUUGACUUCCCUACAUGUUCCUGGAGUGGCAAUGCUCGUGGAGCCAGGUGCUCCUCUUCCUGAAGGAGCUGAGCAUCAUGGUGUCGGUUCUCAACGUCUGCUUGGACCCGCUCAUCUAUUUCAUCUUCUGCAAGGCCUUCCGGGCCCAGCUGGGCCUGAGGAGGGUGCUUCCCCCAUUGGUGUGACAUUUUGUGUUGUUUUAGACUAUACAAAUUAUAUGUAGUGUUUUAUGCAACAUGCUUGCCAUUCAUUCUUUUUCUUGUAACGCAACAAUAAAUAACUUGAAUGAAGUAGCCAAACCCAAUCUUAUAAAUAUUGUGCUUUCAUUUACUGCACAGUGACACAAUAACAUUAAAUAGUGAAUCUCUCAUGAAAUCUGCGCUGGUUCCUACUCCCUCCUCCAUCUUUUCCCGUUCUUGAGCCAUGUGCACCUGUAUUGAGUAUUGAAUACAUUUUUAUUGUUGGGCUACAGUCAGCCUUAACACUGUGACCACUGCGCGUGAAUAACACUGAUUAUCUGGGUAUCAGGGCUCCUGUCAGUGAGAGGGUAUAUCAGGCAGACAGUGAACAUUUUGUCCUAAGAGUUGAUGUGUUAGAAUCAGGAAAAAUGGGCAGCAUGAGGAUCUGAGCGACUUUGACAAGAACCACAUUGUGAUGGACGACUGGGUCAGAGCAUCUCGAAACCUGAAGCUCUUGUGGGGGGUUCCUGGUCUGCAGUGGUCAGAACUGAAUCAAAAGUGGUCCAGGGAAGGAACAACAACUGACAAGCUGAAACAGUUAAUUUCACUGUUUUCAUUCUGUAUUGUGUUUUGAAUAUUUUGUUUGUACAUCCGCACACACAUGCAGUCUCUUUCUUUGCAGUGAACAACUUAAUU